CGAACGGCAUUAAUAUUCCAAAUUCUCAACUACACGGCGCCUAAGAGAAAAAACCUCCACCAAGAACUACUGGUGGCAGAGCCCAAACCUCAGACCCUUUCAUUUCAAACACUUCUUCACACUCAUCCAAAAUAAAAGUCUUACUUAACAGAUUUUGUUUUUCUCUCUUCGAUUCCUCAACAAAUUUCACCAUCAAUAUUCUUAAUUCUCACCUACCUCUCUCCCUCUCUUCGAUCAAAUCGCUCUUCUUCCUUGUUUUCGCUUUUGAUUUCUUCAGUUUCUUCUUCUUCUUCUCAUCGUUUUAAUGGCCGCCGCAGCCUUAGAUCCUUCCUCCCUCCAAUUCACCUCUACUUGGGCUGUAGCUGCUGUUUGUUUCUUCUUCAUCUCCCUCUCUUUAUUCCUCGAACAUUUAAUUCAUCUCCUCUCCAAUUGGUUGAAGCGGAAGAGGAAAGCAGCAUUGUUCGAAGCGGUAGAGAAGCUAAAAUCAGUAUUGAUGCUUCUAGGGUUCAUGUCGCUAACUCUGACGGUAACUCAACAACCUGUAUCUAAGAUUUGUAUUCCGAAUAGCGUAGCGUAUACGAUGCUUCCGUGCCAGAGAGAAAUACAGAUCACGGCGAGUAAGAAUUUGGAGAUGGAGAAAUUCCAAUCAAAUCAGUCGUUUUCAUGGUUAACGGAGAAAGUUGAGAGCAGUAGUAGUAACGACGAUUCUUCUUCAUCUUCUUCUUCUUCAUCUUCUUCUUCGGAUUACUGUAGUGCGAAGGGGAAAGCGUCAUUGAUGUCGCAAGGUGGAAUGAAUCAACUCAACAAUUUCAUAUUUGUGUUGGCUGUUAUGCAGAUUCUUUACAGUGUUCUCACCAUGGCAUUAGGAAGAGCCAAGAUGAGGCGUUGGAAAGCUUGGGAGGAAGAAACCAAUACGUUGGAUUAUCAAGUGGCCAAUGAUCCAAAUCGUUUUAGACUGACAAGGCAAACUACAUUUGGACGUCGGCACAUCAGUUCUUGUGCAACACCAUCAUUUCUUCUCUGGACUAAAUGCUUCUUCAGACAGUUCUUUCGUUCUGUGGCCAAAGUUGACUACUUGACCCUUCGCCACGGUUUCAUCUCGACUCAUGUACCUGGAAACACUUCCUUCAACUUCCAAAAGUACAUUGAAAGAUCAUUACACGAUGACUUCAAAGUCGUCGUUGGCAUCAGUCCUUUCAUGUGGCUCAUAGUAGUUAUCUUCAUUCUAGUGGACGUACAUGGCUGGAAUGCAUAUCUCUGGGUGUCUUUCCUUCCGCUAAUUAUAGUGUUAGCUCUUGGAACAAAACUUGAAGUAAUAGUAGCAAGGCUUGCCCUUGAGCUUCAAAACAAGACAGAUGUGGUCAAAGGAGCUCCAAUGGUUCAACCAAGUGAUGAUCUCUUUUGGUUUAAUCACCCCAAAUUUGUACUCACCCUUCUUCAUUUCACUUUGUUUAUGAAUGCCUUCGAAUUUUCAUUUUUCAUCUGGGUUACGCUACAAUAUGGGAUAAAAUCUUGCUACCAUGAAAACGUGGUGGUCAUCGUCAUUAGAGUGGUCUUAGCGGUCACAGUCCAAGUUUUGUGCAGCUACAUUACUUUGCCUCUCUAUGCUCUUGUCACACAGAUGGGGUCACAGUUCAAAGCUGCAGCAUUAGAAGAAAACACGGCCAAAGCCAUAAAGAAAUGGCACAAAGAUGUGAAACAAAAGAGAAAGAAGCAUUCCCAUCACCAUGACCUUGACUCAAGCCAGCACCAAGAAGGCUCGUCACACUCCGCCUCCGAGCGCCCAUCGUCUCGAGUUUUCGAGGGUAGUAGCCGAACACUAAAUUCGGAUCAAGAGAUGAGCUCUUCUCAUCAUAGAGCUCUCUCUUUUUCUGAGCUCAACGGUGUUAGUAUUAUUGAGUGUGAUGAGAUUGUUGAAGAAAAACUCAGAGAUACUGUAGUAACAAAAGAUGAAUCUGCAGUUUCAAAUAAGGUAAUAAAGAUAGAAAUAGGAGAGAUUAGUGAAAUUCAUGAAGAGAAGAUUAUCUUAAGUACUCCUCAAAAUGAAAGACGAAUUUCGUAGAUUUUGAAUUGAGCUUUAAUUUUGUCAUUGAUUUCAUGUAAAAACUUUUGGUGUUUGUGCUGUAAAAACAUUGUCCAACCUGAUGAAUAUAUAAAUAUGAUGUUCAUAUA